AACUUUCUUACACGAGAGGAUAGCCAAAGCCUCUCUCUCUAUUUCUCUCUCACUAAAUAUAUAUUAAUAUAUAUAUAUUCAUAACCCAUUUUCAGAUGCAAAUACCUUUUCUCAUACAUAUCUUUUCUUCUCUGUUUUGAUACAUAGCUUUCAUUUCAUUUCAUUUUUUUUUUAAUAUAGAAAUAAAUAUUUAUCUAAAUUGAAUCAGCAAAUAGUUGAAAGAACCAAAGGAAAAGAGAGCUAAAAAGAGGGCCUCUCGCCCUCUAAUUUUAUUAUGCGUCCUCUCAGAUCUUAGAUUCUCACGAUUUUUCCAUCUGGGUUAUCUUCAUUCGAAAUCCUGAGAUUGCGGUUCGAUCGGUAAUUGUUCAGCGAAGGGUCCGAUGCUCCUGGAUUGAAUCCGAGAUCACCCAUUUUGUAUCAAAUAACAAAGAACAUACUAGCUUCGUGUAAAUUCUCUUUUAAGAAUGGAAAUGGAACCAGGCAAGCUAUUCAUUGGCGGUAUAUCUUGGGACACAAAUGAAGACCGUCUUAGAGAGUAUUUUCAAUCUUUUGGAGAAGUAGUGGAAGCUGUGAUAAUGAAGGAUCGAGCCACAGGUCGUGCCCGUGGAUUCGGUUUUAUUGUUUUUGCUGAUCCUUAUGUUGCAGAGAAAGUUGUUACAGAAAAGCAUGUGAUAGACGGUAGAACUGUUGAAGCAAAAAAGGCUGUUCCUAGGGAUGAUCAGAACAUGCUGAACAGAAAUAACAGCAACAUUCUGGGGUCACCAUCUCCUGCUCGCACAAAGAAGAUAUUUGUUGGAGGUUUAGCAUCCACAGUAACUGAGAGUGACUUUAAGAGAUAUUUUGAUCAAUUUGGGACAAUUACUGAUGUUGUGGUGAUGUAUGACCAUAACACACAAAGGCCAAGAGGUUUUGGGUUCAUUACUUAUGAUUCAGAGGAUGCAGUAGAUAAAGUGUUAUACAGAACAUUCCAUGAACUCAAUGGUAAAAUGGUUGAGGUUAAGCGGGCUGUUCCCAAGGAGUUAUCCCCUGGACCAAAUCGGGGCCAGUUAGGUGGUUAUAGCUAUGGUGUGGGUAGAGUUACUAGCUUCCUUAAUGGUUUUUCUCAGGGAUACAAUUCAAGUUCAGUUGGAGGAUAUAGUAGAUUUAGUCCAGUUUCUGUUGGUCGGAGUGGAUUGUCCUCAUUUAAUCCUGGAUAUGGUACAGGUCUGAAUUUUGAGCCAGGUUUGAGUCCAAGCUAUGGGGUAAAUGCAAAUCAGAGUUCUAACCUCAACUAUGGACGGGGGUUGAGCCCUUCAUACAAUGGAAAUUCAAUCAAAUAUGGUAGUGCUGCUGGUUAUGGUGGGGGCAAUGGGGGAAACAGUUCUAUCCUAAAUACAGUAGGUCGGAACUUGUGGGGGAAUGGAAACCUUAACUAUGCUGCAAACUCCACAAACACAAGUUCUUUUAUGGGGUCUGGAAGUGGUAACACGGGAAUGGGUUCUUUCAGCAAUAUUGGAGCACUUUGGGGAUCCUCACCUAGUUCAGGUCAAGGUGGAGGUACUGGUUCAACAUUUAGUAGUGGAAGUCUGACUUAUGGCAGUGGAGAUGUGAGUUUUGGGUCAGCAGGGUUAGGAUAUGGGAGAAACAGUGGAGCUGGUGUCACGCCAGGAUUAUCAUAUGCUACAAAUGAUGGUUAUGAUGGGGCUCGUACCGACAUUUUUGAAGGUGGUUCGUUUUAUGGAGAUUCCACAUGGAGAUCCUCACCGUCAGAACUGGAGGGGUCUGUCUCAUUUGGUUAUGGGCUUGGAAAUGCAGCUUCAGAUGUCAUGGGUAAAAACUCUGCUGGUUAUGUUGGUGGUUAUGGUGUUGCCAAUAGACAAUCUACUAGAGGAAUUGCUGCCUAGGAAGUUUAUGAAUACAAAUUUCAAAAGGUUAUUACUGUAGGUGACGUGUAUUUGGUGAGCAGGUCAAGAAUUGUGAAUUUUCAUCCAUUUUCCUUUGUUGAGAUACUUCAGUUUACAUGAAAAGCAUGGUUAGAGCUAAUUGCUUCGUCUGUUUUGAAGAACUUUUCGUAAAGAGCAAAUUAAUUUACAAGGUGAUUUAAACGUUACGUUUGAGAUAGUUUCAUAUAGGUUUCUUCUCUUUCGGAUUUCAUUUGAAAUGUAAUCAGAUUGUGGGGUGUACACUCAAGAGUUAUUGUAUCAUGUGUCUCUAGUGACAAAUCGAUACAUAGAAAGUGUCAGUUUUUUUUCUUAUCCUCCCGUCCCAUUUUGCUGUAAUAUCGAGCAAAGUUGUUGUUUCUUGUCAGGUAUGUUGUUUUUGUUUUUGUUACACUCUCUUUCGUUCCUGUUUUCUGGUGGGGAGAUUGUAUGAGAUUUGUGGUUGGUUUACUAAUUUAAUACUCUCAACUCUCAAGGGAUGCUGAAAAUAAGUUUACGACGACAUAGUUUUUUUCUUUUUUCUUUUUUAUUUUGGAGACUGCUACUCAUAUACUCCAUUUUGUGUUUGAUUGUUUACUCCACCAAAGAGUAGUAGUUUCAUGUAGUAAAUAUUUGAAUGUUGUAAGUUGUGUAUACACUGGCCUUCUAUUUUUGGUUA